AUGAGUGAAAACGCUUUUUUGAAGAUCGCCAUAGCUCCAGAGGAAGAACGUAAUGACCGGAUUUUCAUUGUGGCAGCCGUCUACACAGCGUUGAUUAUUAUCAAGACCAUAUUCGAAGCACUUGGUAGGCUCUUUAUUGCUUUGUACGGCCACGGAUUUUGUUCAUGUAUGAGAAGCACAAUGUUCAGAAAGAUUAUGCGGCACGGGUGUGCGUAUUUCGAUGAGGAGAGGAAUAGCCCUGGACGUAUCUUGCAAAGGAUCAUAACUGAUUCGUCGACGUUGAACAAAAUCAUGGAAGCUAAGCUCGACAUCCUCAUACCGGCAAUAAUUUGUCCACGUGAUUUUUCGUUCGCUGCUGCUAUGUACAUCAACUGGAAGAUGGCGUUGUUGUGCUCGUUCCAGUUUCCUGCUUACUUCAUUAUUCGAAUUGUGCAAAUGAAAGAAGGAACGAAGAGGCAGAGAGCUAUGGUCGAAGAGGAAAAUAAAGCUGCAAAUUUGGCAUCAGUCGUCCUAUCGAACAUGGGUACAAUCAAAGCGUACAAUUUGCAAGAGCAUUUCUAUUCGGUCUUCGCUACCACCUUGGAACCACUGGCUAAGGCGAUGAAGCGACAAUCGGUCAUCUCUGCAUUUGUUUUCGCUUGUCAGUACUCAUUUACCUAUAUUCUUAUCGCAUUAACCUUGUAUUUUGGAAAAGUUAUGAUGCUCAACAAUGAAAUCACAGUUUUCGACUAUAUGAGGGUUGUCUUGCUCACACAGUUCGGUGCAAACUUCUUCUCACAACUAGUGGCAUCUGUUUCGGAUAUGUCGAAAGCUCGAGUGGCUGCAGAGAAUGUGCUCUCCGUACUGAAAGAAAAAGCCGUUGAUUUCGACAACCUCAGUGAGGAAGGACAACGACCUAAGUUAGAGGGGAGCAUCAAAUUGAAAGACGUAUCGUUCCGUUACCCAACACGGCCUGUCGUUCCUAUUCUUGACAAGCUGAACUUAGAGAUCAACGCCGGUCAGUCUGUUGCGCUCGUUGGCCCAUCAGGAUCUGGUAAGACUUCUGUGAUAGCUCUCAUCCAACGGUUAUACAACGCCACAGAUGGAGAAGUGCUUAUGGAUAAGUACAAUGUGAAGUCGAUAAAUCCCGCAUAUCUUCGGAGAAUGGUCGUUUCCGUUGGCCAAGAACCGACGUUGUUCUCUUUCACAAUAAAAGUGAGGGUUUGCGAAAUGUUCUUUGAUUUUUUUCUACUUUCGUCGAGAGUUUUCCAGGAGAACAUCGCUUACGGUAUGAUGGAAAGUGAAGUGACCAUAGAGAAGAUCCAAGAAGCGGCGAAGAUAGCGAAUAUCCAUGACUUUAUCAUGUCAUUGCCACAGGGCUACGAUACCGAGAUCGGUGAAUUUGGUGCUCAACUGUCCGGUGGUCAGAAGCAGCGCAUUGCAAUCGCUAGAGCUAUUGUACGACGACCUGUCAUACUUCUCAUGGACGAAGCGACUGCUGCUUUAGAUAGUACAAGUGAAAAGGCCGUUCAGUUAGCCCUCGAAAAGGCUGGCAAGACUUGUACUUGUUUGCAAAUUGCACAUCGACUCUCUUCAAUACGAGGUGUAGACAAAAUCUGUGUGCUCGUCGAUGGUUCCAUUGCUGAAGAGGGCACUCAUGAUGCGUUAAUCGCCAAACGAGGGUUGUACUACAAUAUGACGCAGUCGGCAUAA